UUCGGUGCCCUCCUCGCUGCCCUCCUUACCUGCGUUCAAGCCGCAUCGAUCCCCCACGACCAAGUUCGACCGUUCGCGCAGCGUGACCCCAUCACAGUCUCUGAAAAAGCGGCCAUCAAGUUCAACCCGCAACUGACUGUCAGCGAAGGAUGCCACCCAUACCCUGCAGUCCAAGAGGACGGCGCGUUGAGCGGCGGGCUGAAGUGGAGUGGCAAGCAAGACGGCGAGUGCAAAGGCUCC